AUGCAGAUUGGCUCUGUUCUGGGCGUUUCCACCGUGAGCACCUUCGCCGAGUCUACCGCCGGAGUUGCAGAUGGCGCCAAGACCGGCUUGGCUUCGCUGGUGACGGGCAGCUGUUUCUUGCUGGCCAUUCCUUUCUCCCCGAUCGUCUCGGCUGUUCCCCCGCUAGCCUCCGGCCCGAUCCUGUGCCUCCUGGGCGCGAUGAUGUGCAGCUCCGUGAAGGGCGUGGACUGGGAUGACUUCCAGGAAGCCUUGCCAGCUUUCGUGGCCAUGAUCACCAUGCCUUUCACGUUCAGCAUCGGCUACGGCAUCAUUGCCGGCUUGGCUUUGUGGAUCGCCAUUCAGCUCUUGCUUGCUCCCUUGAGGCUUUACCGUGGGGAGAGUCCCUUGGUGCGCUGCAAGAUGCUUUGGGCCGGUGCCUUCAUUGAGGGCAAUGAUGAGGAGCAGGAGGGUAAGAAGACACCCAGUACUGUCACCCCCAACCAGUCGGAGGGCCAGUUCGUUAGCGAAA